GCUUGCUCGUGCACGCGGGAGCGCCAGCGCUGGAGAGCUGGCAGGCCUGCUGAGGUGUCGUGCAACCUAUAUUCUUGCUGGACAUAGCGCUGGGCGCACUCGCUUAACCGCGCACGCGGUGCAGAGCAAACACAGAAUUGCUCUCGGAGCAUGGCCCCGCCGCCACCCGCGGUAGAAGUCCACGUCGAGGCGCCGGACCGGGCCUGGGGCCCGCGCGCGGCUGCCGCCUGGCACCUCCAGCACCUCUGGCGCACCGUCGCGCCGUCGGACGACGCGCGGCUGCCGACGCCGCGCCAGGUCCUUGGCCGACGAGGCGGCGAGCACCGGGCCCUCGUGUCGCCUUCCACAACUAUAAGAUUCGCGCCGCGACGCCAUUCUCUGGUCAUUGUGUUAGACGCAAGCCAGCAUGCGCGGACCGCUAGAAAUGGGAGGGUGCCGCUCGCGUUAGCACCAAAAGCGAUCUCCUGUCUGCUCGAAGCCAUCACGUCCCAACGAGCCUGCUCGCCCCUGGAGAAGAUCGUGGUGGACGCCCAGUUAUUAGUUGUGGCAGCAGAUGACGUCGUGUGGAGACCUUGUGCGCGAGUUAUGGUAGAGACAAAUCAAUCACUCCAAGAAGCUUCCGAGAGAAUCGCUGCAGCUAUACAUGCGUCGGAGAAGCGCCUCGCGACGCACAAGACGGAGGAAUGUGGUGGUGCACCCUCGGUCGAGCGCUGCGCGCGAGCCGGGUUGUUCGCUCUACGGUUUUGUGAGUCAGGAGGCGCCCGAACGAUCGUAGUAGCGACGGACGGCGACGGUGUGGCCGCACCUAGGGAUUGCGGCUUGCUGGGUGGGCGGGCCGAGGGCGGCGCGGGAGCACAUGCCAGAAGGGAAGGUGUCGCGUUACACGUCUUGGAUUAUGCGGGUGCGGCCUUUGAUGACGAGUCCGACGCGACGUGGGGUUUGGUGGCGGACUGGGCCGGCGCGACCGUCGCGUGUGAACGCACUGGUGGCGGGUUCAUGUCCUACCACCCUUCUCGCAACAAACUGGUCAAAGGUAGUGUCGCCAGUAAGCGCGUCGUCCGGAGAAGGGACGAGGACGUCGGUUCAUCUCUAGUGUGGAGACGAAGUCCCCUCUCGCUGCGGCCGCAUACGUCAUCGACUGAUCAGAACGUCGAGCAAUUAGCUGCCUAUCCGCUGCCGCGCGCGUCUUUAUCGGAUGUGGCUCGAUUACGCGCGUCGGGGCCUCUAGAUCUCACGUCGUUCAAGAUCCAGACCGCGUCCCAGAAGCGACGACCGCGCGAGCCGCUCUCGAUUACGUGGGAGCUGCCUCGUUUGGUCGACGACGCGACGACUCUACGAUAUGUCGUGGAACUGAGACCGCCGCCGCAGCACGAGUUGGUGAAUGAGGCGCGACGAAGAACGUCUGGUCGGACGGCGACGCCCUCCGACUUAGCAGCUGCGGCGUUGUCCACAAAAUCCGGGGCCGUGUCCGCGCGCAUCGAGGUCAUCGGGCCCCUGUCCGUCGUGGAAGCUUUAAGAACGCUACCACCCCUCGAGAAUCUCGGUGUUGCUGCAUUAGGACCGCCUCAAGAAGCAAGAAGUAUACAAAGACGGUCAAGACCGAUCGAGCGGUCCGACGACGCGUCGCGAACUCCCUCAACCUCUCGAAGCCCCUCGCCGCAACAGGCGCGCGACGAGGCGUCCCAGGCGCGCGCUCGGAGACUUAGGGAUCUAGCAGCAUGGCUUUUGAGGAGGGACGGCGCCCUGUCCUCAUUAUCCCAGACCUCGUCGUCGACCACGGAACGGCAAGAGGAGGAGAAGAAGCACUCGACGCUCGUCGAAUCUGUGUUGGAUCAUCUGAGAGAUGAUGAGCUCGGGGACAUCCAGGAGGACUCAUCUCAACGAGGACGGCGGUCGCGACGGAAGAAGCCGACGGCCGAUGCGCUAGAGCGAUUGGUUGCGGCAUUACCCGCUAGAGAUUUAGCUGCUCUGGCCGACGUCGAGCGCUUCCACGUCGCCACGUCCGGCCCGGAGGCCGGCGCGGCGCGGCGAGUCGCAGACGCCCUGUCGCGAUGGGGCCGGCCCGUGCAGGGCGUGUCCGGUGCCUACGCCCGUAAAUCUUCAGAGGAAGAAUUGACUGUGGCGCGCGCGCGAUGGCGCGCGUCGCGCGUGCUGGAAGUCGCUCUGGCUACGGUUGGUUCCCGCAAUGAGAACGCGGCGCGGGACUUACGAGCUCGCCUGUCGGCCGCGGCGGCGCCGGGCGGCGAGCCCCACUCGCUAGCGCAGGCGGCCCCGUUUUUAAUACGUCAAGUGGCCAAAGAAGGCGACGACGAUGUGUACGGCACGCCCCACGCCGUAGCUCAGAGAUGGCUACGAACAAGUUUAGCGGGUUAUCGGGACAAGUACGACGCGACCGUUGUCGACGGAAACGCGGCUUUAGCUGCCUUUAGGGCAUCGAGGGAAGCUCUGGGCUUCUCCUUAGCUGACGAACGCCGCACGAAGGGGAAUGUGGUCGCGUGUCUGCUCGUCGCCGAUAGUAAUGAACUGAGGCCCCAGGAGGACGAAGCGCGCAUCGAAGACGACUCUUCGUCAGUCCCGCUCGUGCAGAGUGUCGUGGAGUUCGACGGGAAUGAAUUGGUGAGUGAGUUGUGGGUCGAGCCGGGACGAGGCUUGUCGGUAGAUAUGGCCGUGGUUACGCAAAUACGUAGUCAGCUGCGACGGAAAGAUGGGCGGGCCCACAACGCCUUACGAGCUCUGAGAGCGUUAGGUGCUGGGGGUAGAGGGGCUUCGGCAGUUGAUGGCGCCUCUGCCGUAGCAUUGGCUACGUAUGCUACCCGUACCUUAGCGUUGGACCUGGCGACGUUCGGGGACGACGACGCGGAACGAUCCGUAGCGGCGAAAGGUGUUCAUGCUGCGAUAUCCGCUUCUUUAGAUCAAGUGGCCACAAGGGUCGACGACUCGACUUGGGUCACUGGUUUAACAACCAACAAAUCUCUAGGAGAGGCCUGUGCUUUAGUUGCGGAGGUCUGUGAAGGUGAUGGUUCUUCCCAAGGCGUGCACCUGCACGAAGUGUCCGCGAGGGACGUGGCGCGGGGUUAUGGGGUGCGCAAUGAAGACGAGGUCGGCUCAACCACUAAGAGGGUCGCCGGUGCCGUGAAGCGCGCCCAUGCUGCCGCAUAUGCACGAGGUGCCCUACAAUUACUAGGUCAAUCGAAAGCUUCGUCCUCAGAAGUGUCUGCCGCGCUCGAUUCCGUACGGUGGACCAAAGCUGUAAGUGCAGAUGCGGCGGUAGCCGCUCUAGCCGCCCGAGCAUUGCAAGAAGAGGACUGGGAGGACACGGACGAGGCCGUCAGCGAGGCCUGGGAGGCCUGCGGCUUCCAGACGCUGCGGGAAGACGUUUUCGCGUAUUCUGCACCUAUUGCGUCAAAGGAAGAUGAAGAUGAACGACGAAGCAAUUCCCCGGCUCGGUUACCUGAGGUCCAAUCAGGAUUCUUCGCGCGGGCGCGGCAGGAGUCGGGACGGCCUCUUGAGGUUGAUGUGGGCUUGGUCGGAGACGAGACGUUAUCUUCGGCCGCGAUAGCCAAGUGCGAGGACCUAGCUAGGGCGGUAGACGCCUGUUUGGCCGCCGCGGCUCUGCACGCUCGAUUAGCUAAUCCAACCCCCAUCCCCGACGGCGGCGGCGGCUUAGCGGCAGCGUUAAACGCUGUGGCAUUGAAAUGCGCCGAGGAGGCCAAAGCUACUAGAUUUAGACCUGGAUUGGAUGCUAGGAGACUAUCCUGUCGCAUCGACGUCGUGGCCUUCGCGGGCGACGAUGCGGGCGUCGGUGAUGGAGCCAUGCCCGCUGGUUUGGAGGGCUUUCUCAGGAGGGCAUUGACCGAAAGAAGUAGUUGGGCGAAGCCCGACGAAGCCUUAGCUGAUGGGGACCCUUCCGAGAACGCGGCCUUAGCUGUUGAACGACGGCUCACAAGGGUCGCCUUUCGAGCGGUCGCCGGCGCUUACGUCGUCGUCGACGCGAAGGACUUGUCAAAUGCACCAUCUACUUACCUAGCUUCUGUUAGAGUCUCAACUUGCCAGAUCCACUAUCAUGCUAGACAAGCUGACGUCGUUGCGUUGCCCAAACGGAGAUAUGGCGGUCCCGUACCUACUGGUGGCAGAUAUGGUCGUAGGGCGCCACCACCUUCUCGCAGAGACAGAGGUAGACAGAUGAGCGCGUCGUCACCGAAGGACAAGGCGCCGCCCUCCGGCGACGCUGUUGCCGCUGGCCUAUCGACGACAAUAGCAUUAGCAAGAGAGAAGCGAGGCAUCGUGGAGGAGGAUGGGGAAGAUGAAGCGGUAGCUCGGACGCUGCGAUGCGCCUUGUCACGAGCGUCUCGAGUGGCUUCCCAAUUACGACUGUUGUCGGCGCUGGCGUCGACGAGGCAUGCCCACGAGUUGUUAGUACCAGCGGGUGGCGGCGGCCACGCUGAUGUAGAUGUGUCUCCAUUUAGUUGCGAGUUGCUGUCGACCAUACAGGUGCCCCUAUACUCACAAAGGAGCUGGUUCCGGUCACCGCAAGACGUCAUCGAACGACUAGCUAAAUAUUUAGAGGAGACGCCGUCACUGAUGGGUAAGGCCGCAGCUCCCGUCGUGAAUAGGCCUCGCGUCUACGUCCUACCAAGGAGAGAGAAGAUCGUACCGGCGACGCCGGCCGACGCUUCUGAUGGUAGCUCGUGUUAUGCUCGUUUAUGGACCCCAGAUCAAAAACGGUGCGAAUUGCGAAUUUUUGGGUGUAGACCGUUCUCGGACGCCUGCGCGGCGGCUUGUGCUGCCGCUUUUAAUGAGGAUGUCGCUGUGGUCGCUAGAAGAGCCCUGCAGAGCGACUUCUUCGCCGAUCAGGGCGUCGAGCGAUGCGCGUCGCUGAAUCUGGACGAGGAUGAUUUGAAUGCACUGGGAGCGCCUUCUUCGGUUUUUAGGACGUCCGAUGUGGCUCUGGAGAAAGGUCGAAGUCUCGGUGCGGCGGCGGCUGGUCUUAGAAGAACGGCGUCCGGCUAUUUCUCGCGGGACCAGUUUGCCAGUCGUCCGGUGGAGCUAAAGGGCUCUUCGGACAGGUGGGACGCCUUAUUCCCAGACAGGUCGGGCGAAGGCGUGCGGCUUUGUUUAGCUGCCCUGCCGGACAAGGAGCCCGGUUUCCGGGCGGCUCUCUGUGAUUUGAGACUCGAAGAUGGAGUCGCGCGGGCGUCGUGGGCGUUAUUUGGUGGGGAUUCCUCGGAACAUAACCUGGGGAACUGGCUCGAACGCGUGGCUGCUAGAGGCGCUUUAGCGGCUCGAACGCGAGCGGCAGCUUCCCGCUGGCUCGCCCAGGCGGCUCAUUCUAGAUUGGGUGCUCGUAGAUUACAGUCAGCUUUAAAAGCAGCACAUCGGGCGGGCUGCGGCGACGCCCGGGCCAGUCGCGACAGUUCCAUAAGUCCGCCCUGGGCGCUGCAGACGCUGGCAGUGAAGGCCCAGGCGUCGUUCGCGAGAGAUGCGGGAGGCGCGUUCUCGGGCAAUCGGGGUCGGGCGGACAUAUUGCGACCUAGAGUUACUGAUGGUCCUUGGCGGGUGGUAGCGUGCGGUCGUAGAACGCCGGCGGACGCCCCAGCUAUAGCUAUUGCUUCCAUACAUGGUGCCAAAAGAUCAUUAUAUACGUUUGGAGUAGGGGAUGCCGCGCACGAUCGGUUGGCGACGUCGUUAGGAGUCGCGGCACGUAGAGCUCGCGAUCGGCAACGAGAUAGAGACCGACGCGUAGCCAAGGCGACGAGCGCCCGUGUUAAUGAAGAGGACGCGCCGCGGCAACGACGUCGAAACCGGAGACGGCGCCGGUCGAAUCAACGAGAAAGGAAGUCCGACGCGGACGCCGAGUCCUACUUAGCGAAGGCGUCGCCCUGGUGGGGCGAGCCCGGGAGUGGUAUUGCGGCGCCGUUACCUCGUGAGAGACCCAAGACUUCUUCAUAUCAAUUGGGCGAGGACGACUCUUCCUCAGAGGACGGCACGGGACGGGACCAGUUACCUGUAUUGAAGCGCUUUGAUGACGUAUUCGUUGACGACGAGGAGGCGGCGACGACGGCGACCAUCCUACGAGUGGCAGUAAGACGACCGGCUCGGAAGCGCCGGGCGGACCACGUCCACGCCUACGACGAAGAGUCGGACAGCAGUGACGGUGAGAGACGCAUGAAGGAAGACGAGCACGACUGCGGGCCGGAGGCGACCGAGGUCGCCGAGGCGUGUGCCUGCGCGUUAGCGUUUAGAGCUAAUGUGGUGCUUGAGUGGCGUGCAGCUGGUUUUGAGCUGGAGCGGACGACGGCGCAGUCCGAUCUGCUGCGGUGCGACAAGACCGGUGGUUCGUUACUCCUGAAAGUGCGACUCCAACGAUCUGGAAGUGCGGUGAAGCCUUUAAGGCGCGCUAGAUCCGUAGGUGCUGUGGUGGAAGAGGAAGAUACCGCUUCCAGAGCGUCGUGGGCUCUGGUGGCCGACGUUUUGGCGUCCGUGGAUGGUUCGACGCGGGGCGGCGCCGGGGCCGCGGCGAAAGCUUUGUUAGCUCGAGCGAAAGUCGAUCAGCAAGCCACGGCCUUCGCGGCGCGGUUAGCUCAGGCGGCCUGUCGAAGAGGGGGUUUGUUGCAAAGACGAGAUGCUGCUGUUCUACUCGUCGCAGAUGUACUAGCGAGACGCUCUUCAAGCCAAGUGACGGCCCACAAGCUCGAAGACGGCGCCUUCGCGACGACGUGGCGCGCCGCGCCGCGCCAGCGCGACUCUUCACCAAAGCUCUCGAUGGCGCUGUCGCGGGUCUUCGGGAUGCAUUCAGAUGCCGACGAGGCGGGGGCGGCCUGGGCCGUCGGGGCGGCAGCUAGGAUGCCUUGGUCGGACGAAGACGACCAAACCGACACGGCGGACGACGAGUCGGAGAGCUCGGGAGAUGAUGCGGCUCCGGUCGUCGAGCGGCCACCGGCGCCGCGCGCGCCCUUCGGCGUGCGGCUGGCGAACCGGGGCGCGGCGCUCGUGCACGUGCACGGGUCGCGGGACGUCGUCUCGGCGUACGCGUGCGGGGCCCAUGUCUCGAACGACUUCUGGGCCGCCUGUGCGUCUUCGGCGUCCGAGUUUCUUUUGCGUCGCGGCGAUGGCGCGGUGACGCCGGCAUACGAUCACCGUCCGUUUCGCAGGUCGCGAGGUCGCCGCGCGGGCCGACGCGAGGGGUGCGGCGGCGAACGCGGCGUCGAAGCUCGCCCGGGCCGGCGCCGGCGCAUUAGAUCGAGCUACUUUAAAACGCCACGCGUCGCACUUUUUGAGGAGGCCCUUAUCAAGGUGGGCUCCGGCCCUCACCGAAGUAUUGCGACGACGGAGUGUCCCGUGGCACGACGUUCUGACGGUCGUGGCCAAGGCGAGGAACGUCAAGCUGGCGAGCACGGAGGGGAGACGCCCGUCCUACACGGUCCCUUUAAUAACACGCAACGAGGCCUGCGUCGCGGCGCUGGUCGUCGUGGCGGCGACGGCCGAGACGGCGGCGCGCGCCGACGUCGUCGCGGCGCGGAACGGGCCGCCGCUCGACGCCGCGGAUUUAGCUUCGAUAAGACGCGCCGCACGCGACGUGCUCGCCGCGUUACUGCUGAGGGUGGACCGCGUCUGCGCCGCGGACCGCGCCCAGUCGCCGGAGCGCAUCGACCGCCCGCGGCCGCGGUCCUGGGAUAAUGAGCGGCCCCAUCUCGCGGACAUCUUCAAGACGUCCCCCGAACUGCGGCGCGAGCGCGACGCGCUCUACCAGUCGCCGGCGGCAUCGGACCGGAGCUCUCCCGCGCGGCGCUCGCCGCGCGACCGCCGGUCGCCGCGGCGGCGCCGGCGCUCGCUGAGCAGCGGGUCUGAGGCCGCGCCACCCGUGCCAGCUGUGGAGGCGCCGCCGGAAGGGUGCGUGCUGGCGUGA